UGAUAAGCUACUCUACUCCCCUUUCUCUCUCUAGACUACCUCUUCACUUGUGCAUAAUUUUAAUACCAUUUCUUCCACUAUCUUUGGAACUCUGUUUUGUGCCUUCUCUCUCUUCUACACAAAUUCUACAUUAUUCAAAGCAUCAAACAACACACACACACACGCGUUUCGUUUCAUCUGUAUGUAUGUAUAGAGAGAGCUUCAGCAAAGGGGCGAGUCUUGUUGCAAUCUUUCUCCAACGCGUUUCCACGAUAUGAUUCUGGUGCCGAGGAUUAACUGAGACUAUAUAUCCAUACAAUACAAACAAGCAAAUCUAAGUCGUUGCAGCAUAUUUGGCACGAAAAAAUGGCAGCUAACGCCACGAAAUGCCCGCCGCCUAUGAAGGCGACCUCGAACGGCUUGUUCCAAGGCGACGAUCCUCUGCAUUACGCACUUCCCCUUCUCAUCAUACAGAUAUGUCUGGUGCUGCUGCUCACUCGAGGGCUCGCGUAUCUUCUCCGGCCGCUGCGCCAGCCGCGCGUGAUCGCCGAAAUCAUAGGUGGAAUUCUACUAGGGCCAUCAGCUUUAGGGCGCAACCAGAAAUAUCUAGAAGCUAUAUUCCCAGCAAGGAGCCUCACAGUGCUGGACACCAUCGCCAAUCUAGGCCUCCUAUUCUUCCUAUUCCUGGUGGGGCUGGAGCUGGACCCACCUUCUCUAAAACGAACCGGGAAGAAAGCACUAAGCAUCGCCCUCGCCGGAAUCACUCUCCCAUUCGCCUUGGGAAUCGGGACCUCAUUCGCGUUCCGAGCCACCAUCUCCGCCGACGCAAAGCAGGCCCCCUUUCUCGUAUUCAUGGGCGUGGCCCUCUCCAUCACCGCCUUCCCCGUGCUGGCCCGCAUCUUAGCCGAGCUCAAGCUGCUCACCACCGACGUCGGGCGAAUGGCCAUGUCCGCCGCCGCCGUCAACGACGUGGCCGCUUGGGUUUUACUGGCUCUCGCCAUCGCCUUAUCCGGCACCGGCUCCCCUCUGGUCUCCUUAUGGGUGUUCCUCUGCGGCUUCGGAUUCGUGUUUCUAUGCAUACUUGGCGCCCCUCCCAUCUUCAAAUGGAUGGCGCGGCGCUGCCCCGAGGGCGAGCCGGUCGAUGAGAUAUACAUAUGCGCCACUCUGGCGGCCGUGCUGGCCGCCUCUCUGGUGACCGAUACAAUCGGGAUUCAUGCUUUAUUCGGCGCGUUUGUGAUUGGAGUGCUUGUGCCCAAGGAAGGGCCGUUUGCUGGGGCUCUGGUGGAGAAAGUUGAGGAUUUGGUGUCGGGCAUGUUUUUGCCUCUAUACUUCGUGUCGAGCGGGCUGAAGACCGACGUAGCCACUAUCCAAGGGGCGCAGUCGUGGGGCCUCCUCGGGCUGGUGAUCUUUACCGCCUGCACGGGGAAGAUCAUCGGCACUGUGGUGGCCUCCAUUUUGUGUCAAAUCUCUUUCAAAGAGGCGCUCACGCUUGGUUUCUUGAUGAACACGAAAGGCCUCGUGGAGCUCAUCGUGCUCAACAUUGGGAGAGAUCGAGGCGUUCUCAACGACCAAGCCUUCGCCAUCAUGGUGCUCAUGGCGCUCUUCACCACCUUCAUAACCACGCCCACCGUUAUAGCCAUAUACAAGCCAGCCCGCAUGGCCACAUCCGAGUACAAGCACCGGACCAUACAGAGGAAGGAAAGUAGCACUCAGCUUCGGAUCCUGGCCUGCUUCCAGAGCACCAGGACCGUCCCGACCCUCAUCAAUCUCAUGGAGGUUUCCCGCGGCACCGGGAAGCGAGGCGGCCUCCGCGUCUACGCCAUGCAUCUCAUGGAGCUCUCCGAGAGAUCCUCGGCGAUUCUCAUGGUGCACAAGGCCAGGAACAACGGCAUCCCCUUCUUCAACAAGGACCGGGCCACCGACUCCACGCAGAUCGUCGUGGCGUUCGAGGCCUUCCAGCAGCUCAGCCACGUCUCCAUCCGCCCCACCACGGCCAUCUCGCCCAUGAUGAGCAUGCACCAGGACAUCUGCUCCGUCGCCGAGAGCAAGCGGGCCUCCGUCAUCGUCUUGCCCUUCCACAAGCACCAGCGGAUCGAUGGCCACUUGGAGACCACGCGUGCUGAGAUGCGCCACGUCAACCGCCGAGUCCUCGAGUGCGCGCCGUGCUCCGUCGCUAUCCUCAUCGACCGCGGCCUCGGCGGGGCCGCGCACGUCUCCGCCAGCAACGUGGACUACACGAUAAGCGCCUUCUUCUUCGGUGGGCCCGACGACCGCGAGGCGCUGGCCUACGGGGCGGUCAUGGCGGAGCACCCCGGGAUCAGGCUCAACGUCGUGCGCUUCCACGUCGACCCCAAGGUCGCGGGGGGAGCCGUGAAGGUCGACGUGGGAGAUCCCGGCGCCGAGGCGAGGUCCAGCGAUGAGGAAUUUAUAUCGUGUUUCAAGGAUAAAGUGUCCAAGGACGGGUCGAUCAAGUUUGAGGAUACGGUGGUGAAGGACGCGGCGGAGGCGGUGGAGGUUGUCCGGGCCCACAAGAGCUGCAACUUGUUUUUGGUGGGGAGGAUUUCGGAGGGUGAGCUGGCGGCGGCGCUCAAGAAGAAGAGUGAGUGUCCCGAGGUGGGGCCGAUAGGGAAUCUGCUCAUCUCGUCGGAGCUCUCGACGACGGCGUCGGUGCUGGUGGUGCAGCAGUACCGGAGCCAGUUGACGGGGCAUUCGUUGAUGUCUUUGAAAGAAGAUGACGCGACGGAGACGAACACGGAGGACUAUGAUUCUGAAUGAUCACGAAAAUCAUGUGCACAAAUAAGAUUCUGAAUAACCAGAAGCAGCGGCGGCAGCAACAGCAACAGAAUGUAUAUCUGAUUUAUGUCUUCUUUCACUGCAGCUAGCAAGCUUGUUGUUUUUUCAAUAAUUAAUACAAUCUUAUUUUUCAUGUA